UGUGGAUGUGGUCUGUGGUGACUAUCAGUGACUGAUCCAAAGGAAAAGGACCAAAAGGACUGAUUUGGGAUUUGGGACUGAUCACUGAUCACUGAAAUAGUUUGUUUAGUUUUGUUGUUUUGUUAGAAAAUAGGUAAUCAUGAAUUUGUGCUGUACCCUGAAAAGAUGUUUUUUAAAUAAUGUGAAGUCGAUCAGAGGUGUUAGUAAUUCCAUGAACUUUUUCGAAAAAGGAAAACAAGUAGAUAAAACAUUGCAUUCUUUGGAGGAUGUGUCUGAAAUUGAGCCUUAUUUUCCGGAGUCAUUUAAUUUAGCUGCCUAUGUAAAUAGCUCUCAGACAUUACAAAAUUUGCUUCAUCUAAAUGUGAAUCUUAGUAAAAUUGAAAAAAGACCACACAUUGCAAGUAAAAUACUCAAAUUAGAUUUUAACAAUGAUAUGAAGAAUCAUAUUCUUUUCAUAAAAGAUUAUGUAGAUGAAGAAAACAUUGGGCAGUUUAUAACCAAAAACCCUCUUAUCCUGUGUGAACCAGUGGAAGACCUCCAAGUGAGAAUUAACUACUUGAAAUCAAAACAUUUUAGUGCAGAUCAAAUAAAACAAAUUGUAAAUAGAAAUCCUUUUUGGUUGAUGUUUAGUACUUUAAGGAUUGAUAAACGAUUGGGGUAUUUCCAACAAAAGUUUACCUUAGAAGGUAAAGAAAUAAGGCAGCUUGCAACUAAUCAACCUAAAAUUAUUACAUACAAUUUACACCACAUAAAUACUAAUUCUUUUGUAAUUAAGGAAGAAAUGGGUUUCACAGAUAUUGAAGUAAAGUAUUUGAUUCUAAGGACACCAAAAAUCUGGAUGAUAAAUCAAAAAUCUUUGCUAGAUAGGUUCAAUUACAUUCACAAUGUUAUUAAAAUAGAGCACAGUAUUAUAUUGCACCAUCCAAAUGUGCUACUAUGCAGAAGUUUCAGGAUAAAACAAAGACAUUUGUUCCUAAUAAGUUUGGGAAGAGCGCAGUAUGAUCCCAAUAAAGAGAACUAUGUGCCAAUCACUUCGUUGUAUGAAGGUUCUGAUGUGGAAUUUUGUAGAAACCAUUGUAAAUGCCAUAUUGAUGACUUCAACCUGUUUCUAAAAACUUUGUAGUGUCUGUUGCUACCCUGCUUUACCCAAAACAACUUUGUGUUGAAAAGCAUUAAGUGAAUGAUACAAAAGAGUGUCAAAAAUACCAGCAACAGUGAACACUCCUCCAACUAUUGCACAUAUAUUUGUGGCAAAAUGGCCUACUGACCUGCAACAUAAAAUAAAAUCAAGUUAUGGCAUUAUAUAAAAUAAAUAUACAUAUAUUAAAAAACAAUA